AUGUAUCAACCAGGUUUCUUGCCUCUCAUCAUAUCGCUCCUCAACAAGAUUAUUAAGUCACAGAAUUACUACUUUUCCCUUGAACUUGGAACCUUAGCUUCUCUAUUUCCUUUUUCUUUUUCUGGUGUUUUACUAACUAUCCAAAGUUCAUCAGUUCCAGAGUUGUUGGGAGAUGGCUUUAACUCUAAACAGGUUGUUGAAAGCAGUGGAGGAGUAGGUUACUUGGGUGAAAAGACAAAUAGAAGAAUUAUGGGAAGAAUAGGGUCAAUGCCACCAAACUGUCAACGCAAAUGCGGAGGGUGCACGCCCUGUAUCGCCACUCAAAUCCCGGCAACUUCUAAGGAGCUCCGAACUCAGUAUACCAAUUACGAGCCUGAAGGAUGGAAAUGCAAAUGUCACUCCACUUUGUUCAAUCCAUAAAAUGUUGCUGCCUGCCUUGGGAGUUCAAUCUUUAACAACUAUUUCAGCACUCUUUCUUUUUGUUUCUUCCAAUGAAAAGAAAGAAAUUUUGGGGUGUUAAUCUUUUGAGGUAGAAAUUCCAUUGAAAAGGUUUC